AUGACGCGAGAUAUGCGUCGCCCUUCUCAGGGCCCUCAGCCCGACAACACAUUUGAUGCCGAUGUACUUGCCGGUCUUUGGGAAGACGCGCCCUUUGCGCGCCUGCCAGCCGAUGCGCCACCAGAGUUGAGGGACAUGGUCCAGAACAUCGAGAACCCCAAACGAGUCUACGCAAUUCACCGCGCCAGCCGUCGGCAUAAUUUUCAGAUCCUCGUUGAGAUAUACAUCCUGCAGCUACGAUACGGAUGCGACUCCAAGUCAUGUACGACGUCAACCUGCUUCUCUUGCCGCAAACGCCUCGCUGGAAAGGCUCCGAUCAGGCGGUACAAUACCACGAGCGCGAGGACACUGGCCGUCUAUUUGGCCAGCCAAGAUAAUCCGGAGAAUGGACUCUGUCCUCAUCUUAAACCCUCGAAAGAACCGCCAGCCGCACUGAACUCACUCAUCUUCUCCCCGAACACUACUGCACCGGCUUUCAGCGAUCCCUUCUCGAAACGCUCUACUGCCCCAAAGGAUUCACGGCGACGGAAAUCAGGCUCGGCUGUCAGGGUGAAUGGUGAGACCAGGGGGUCUAACAAGCCUCUCACAGAUAUGGACGAGUCAAGUCAUCAUGUAGCAUCUGCGCAGAAUGAACGGUCGCACUUCGACUCAUCAACAGGUACAGCAAAUGUACCUGUAAAGAUAUCCGAACGCCCCAUUAGCAAGGACUACCGCUCAUUUGCGGCGAAUGUGUUCGGCAGCGUUGCCUUCAAAAUGCUGGAAUGGCUCACUCCAGCAGGUCUGGAUGCCAUGUCUCAAAGGGUUGCUGCUCUCGAAGCAAACACUACACCAAGCCCUGGUAAGGAGGAACUGCAAAGAUCUCAGAAACCAUCGGGCCAGUCGACACCCAUUCAAUCCAUAUCACCAGUUAUAUACACCGAUGGGAAGAGUCAGAGCGACUUACCAGAGCCAACGGUUGAUCAAGGACCUGAUGCGGCCUUAGAACAAGCCUCAGAGAAGCUCCACAACUCGAGUUCGACUCUUUCCAGCUCUCGACCGGGGAAACCCAAAAGAAGCUCUAGUGCACGGGUGCGGGCGAAUUCAAAACCCAAGAGAAAAUUGUCUAUCGAACCAUACCCGGCGAGUUCCUUAUCCGAAGAUGUCACCUCUGGCUUGGUCUCCCCUAAGUUGAAUGGAGGAUCUCAUGAGAAACCACCACCAAGGCCUCCAAAGGCAGCUCAUGUGAACCCUUAUGCGAUUCCAGAAAUCCCUUCCACGCCGUCCUUCUUUGAUAACGUCCCGCCUCAGAACCAUACAGUCAAGAUUGUUCAGGAGCCCGAGUCAUUACCAAAAUCAAGUUUGAGCAACGGCGAACCUCCAGUGGAGUCUUUGAAGAUCCAAGUAGAAUCCACAUCGCAGCCCCAACCUGCUCAACCCAUACCACCUGCAGACGAUUCCAAGCAAAACGAGGAAUCAGUAGAAGCAUCAAUCGCGGACAACAUGCUCCCACAAUCUCUGAUUUCGCUGAAUGUCGAAGUUGUUGACUUGAUGUGCGACAUUCUCCAGGAUGACGGUACCUCGGAACCGCAUCUGCUUGACCCUUCCAAAAUUACGAGCACAUAUUCUGGGCUUAAGGACCGGCCGAAAAUGCAAAGGAAGCAGACAUCACGCAGCAACUAUCCAAAGCGAUUGCGGAGACAGUGGAAACUCUUCAUCGAGCAGAGUCUGUUCAAUAUUCUAAGCGAUCCCCAGAGCCUGGUGUCUUCCUUUGUUAAAGACGAUGGAUUGCUCGACUCCCACACCAUUUGGUACUGUAUGCUGCGACUUACCCGCGUCGCCCCCAGUCUCGUUUUCCACAGCUUGUGGAUGGCGUCUGGGAGUCUUUUUGGUGCACCAAAGUCGCUCCAGUCGCUUCGCUCUCCUACCGCCAGAGUCUUCCGCCGUCACGAACGGUCGCUAGAUAAUGUGGAAGCAGGCCAGCUGCUAUCAAUUUGUUUACAUGCCUUGGUGGCGGCAGCUCCAUUGAUCACAGACUCCAGAACGCUUUUUGACAUGUCUCGUAUCCGUUCGAAUGGUCUGACUUUAGCUGGAAGUGGUGCUUUGGCACGACAACCAGCCUGGCUUUGCCUUCUCUACGACGACGCUUUCUCGAAUGAUCUUGCGCUCCGACUGGCAAGACGUUUGUUUGCGGCUAUAUCAGCACGCAAAUGUUUCGCGGAGAUGGCUGCUCAAGAAGAUGACACUGAUGACAAAGAUCACGAUCUUGACGCUCUCCGUCCGCUCCUUGCCCAGCUGGAUUCUCUUAGUGGGGAGGUAGCAUCUAACUCGGAAUUGGACCAGCUCGACCGAGCCGGGCAUGAAACAAGGGUUUCUACCUUGUUGUUGGAUUGGGCCAAAACUGUGAUGCUUCAAGAGUGGGAUGGGAAGCCAGAAAUUUCGUGUGACAGCUCCUUCGGCGGGGCUCUGUCGCUUAUUGCAGCGAUGUAUGAGAAACGUCAAUCCCUUCUCAUUGGAGACCCCCAUUUCCGAGUGGAUUACUUUGCUGAUAGGCUUGAUUCUAUUAACAUGCCUGUCGCCUGGCUCUCUCAUACGUCGUCCAGGCAGAAGAGACAUCUGCUGGAUUUCCCUUUCAUCUUUGACCCCUCUACGCUUGUAUCAUAUUUCCGGUCCAUAAACUUCUCGAAGAUGAGUCGAAGUUACGAAGAAUCAAGCUCUCUGCAGACUAGGAUGAAGGCCAUCGUUGCCCCGGGUGGCCUCAUUACCAACCCGCAUCACAAGCUCGUACUGCAGGAUCUCCUCAAGACGGCGUCUUCGAAGUAUUUGAUUCUUGAGAUCAGCAGGAAACAUGUCAUUAGAGAUGCCUUUGAUCAGCUAUGGCGACGGGAAGACAGAGAGUUGCACAGGCCACUAAAGAUUCAUCUCGGCGAAGAAGCUGGCGAAGAGGGGUUCGAUUCAGGCGGAGUCCAACAAGAGUUUUUCAGACUUGCCGUAGCCGAGUGUCUGAACCCUGAUUACGGCGCCUUUACAGUGGAUGAGCGAACGCGAAUGGCUUGGUUCGUCCCUGGUUCCGUGGUUCCAGUCUGGAAAUUUGAGAUUCUUGGCCUACUAAUGUCGUUGGCCGUGUAUAAUGGCUUGACACUUCCGAUUACUUUUCCAAAGGUUCUUUAUCGCAAGCUCCUUGGUGAGCCCGUGGAUGAGCUGUAUCACAUUGCCGAUGGAUGGCCAGACCUUGCCAUGGGCUUGACAAGUUUGUUGGAAUGGGACGAGAGCAACGGGCUGGUGGAGGAUGUCUUCUCACGCACCUACGAAUUCUCAGUAUCCAUGUUUGGCCAACCCGUGUCCAGGGAAAUGGGCCCUCAAGGUCGCGGCUGGCCACAGUUUGAAGCAUCGGCAGAGAGGUCACUGGGGGACGAGAACCCAGAGGACGCGCCGAUGGUAACAAACGAAAACAGGAAUGCCUAUGUGAGCGACUACAUCCGAUACCUCACGGAUAUUUCUGUUCGCCCGCAGUACGAAGCAUUCGAGCGCGGCUUCCGUGCUUGUCUUCACCCUAAAGCGCUUCAAUUGCUGACACCCUCACUUCUUCAAUCCGUUGUAGAGGGCGUUCAGGAGAUUGACAUACCUGAGCUACGCAGGUACACGAGAUAUGUGGGCUGGGAUGCUAGCCAUCGCAGUGUUCGCGACUUCUGGUCGAUAGUUAAGCGUUACGAUGAAAAGAUGAAGAGGAGACUGUUGGAGUUUGUGACAGCUUCAGACCGUGUUCCUGUUGGAGGAAUGAAGAAUUUACAGUUCGUUGUCCAAAGGAACGGCGAGGAGGAAGGCGAGGGUGGACAUUUGCCCACAGCGUACACAUGUUACGGUACAUUAUUGCUACCUGAGUACAAAGAUAAGGAGGUUCUGAGAGAGAGGCUUUCUAUGGCAUUGGAAAAUGCACAGGGCUUUGGGUUUGCUUAG